CUUUAAUAUAUUUACAAGAAUCAUCGUUGGACUAAUCAAUGGCGGUUCUGAAGGAUGAAGAAGGGGUAUAGUACAGUCUUGGGUCUAGGUAUUGACAUAGUACAAAUAUCUAGAUUUUCAUCUCUUUUAAGUAAAGGUGAUGGGUUACAAUCUCUGUAUACUCGAAGAUUUGCUCAAAGAGUCCUUCAUUCCAAGCGAGAAUUACCCGAAUUCGAAGCUUUGAUUCUUAAAGGGGAUAUUGAACCAUGUGUUAGAUAUCUAUCAGGAAGUUGGGCAGCCAAGGAAGCUGUGUUCAAAACAUUGGACCUUGAGGAUCAAAAAUCGUUCCAAUUUAAAGAUUGGUAUCGAUUUAAACAAAACUCUAAACCAUUCAUUCAAAGUGAUAUUUACUCUAAACAAAAAUCAGAGGAGUUCUUACAUAGUUCAUCCCAUGACGGUGGGGUCUUGAUAGCUACUGUAUUGAGACAAAAAUGGUCUACAUGAAAUUGGUUUUGCUUUUUUUUUUUACUAAACUUUUUGUAUCCUUUAUAUUUUUAAUCUUUAACUCUUUCUAGUAAUAUCUCUUUUUUAAUAAACGUAUAAUAUAUUUAAAAAAGGAAUAAAAACUAAU